GAAGGAAGGUGUGUGACUGAGUGCAUACAAAGAGGACGCUUUGUGACUGAGUGCAUACAAAGAGGACGCUGUGUGACAGUGAAUACAGACGAUCAGGUGGAUCUUAAACUGCUGUGUCACAUGUAUAGCACGAUACUCGAUACAUGUUGAACUUCAAGAACCUCAAUCCUUGGCAGAGCCUCAGCUAUUUAGUCUGAUUAGGCCGAGAGAGCUGUGUCGACAAGAGCAACGCCCCGAUUGGCUGUGAUACUAGUGAUAGACAGCAGAUUCCAUGAGCAGGUAAUAAUUUUAGGUGCUGCAACUAUCCGAUGGGCACGUGUUCUGUCAGUGACUUCGAUCUGCUCCAGGUCGUCUAUUAUGACGUCAACGGUCUUCCAAGGGGCAAAACUGUGCCCAGAAAUGUGGCGAAACGAGUGACCCAAAGUGGACUAGAGUUAAUUCAUGUUCUGCAGGUGGUAGGUCUAGCAGCAGACUUCCCGAUGAGCGUGGCAGAUCUGAUGCAAGAUUUCUCCAAUGGUCUUUACAAGCCUGACCUUGACACGCUUGUCCAAUGGCCUUGGGCUAGUAAAUCAGAAUGUAACGUAGGUCAGGUCAUAGGUCACAUUAUUAAGGAAGAUGGCAGCCCUGACCCAUUAGCUGUCAGACAUCAGGCCCAGAAUCAGCUCCUGAAGCUGCAGCAGCUGGGCCACCAGCUCGUGUCCUCAUUCAGCUGUCAGUUCACUGUCUACAGGUCCAGUGGGGACACAUGUGAAGAUUUCCUGGGGGGUGACGGCCAUCUUGGUAUUGCUCCCUAUGACAGUGCCGGGCAGGAGAAGAUGAUGCUGGACAUAUGCUGGCAGCUGCAGGCAGCAGGUGUACAGGUGGAGUCUUGGUCUGCAGGUACAGGUCCAGGCAGGUUUGAGAUGACAUUAAUGCCAUCACAUGGCAUUCAAGCUGCCGACAUGGCAUGCAGACUAAGACAUGGCAUAAAGAGUGCUGUGGCCAGGCAUGGCUACAAGGCCACAUUCAUGGCCCACCCUCCUGGCGGUGCCAGUUUCUCAGCCCUGGCCUUUCAGUUUGGAGUCCUGAGCGCUGCAGGAGAAAAUAUUUUUCUGGACACGGCUGACCCAGACAAAUUAUCUGGUGUUGGAAAGUCCUGGCUAGCUGGGCUGUUGCAUCAUGGUCCGGCUCUGACAGCCCUUUGCUGCCCUACUGUCAACUGCUACCAGCGGCUGUCACGUGACCCAGCUGCCCCCCACAGGUUGGACUGGGAUGUGGAAAACUCGUCAGCGUUCCUCAACGUUCACGUCAAUCAAGAUGACAUCAUGUUUGAGAUCAAACUGGCAAGUCCUGCUUGUAACCCGUAUUUGGUUUUCCUGGCAACUCUUGCUGCUGGCCUGGAUGGUGUGGAGAAAAAUCUGGCAUGUCCUGAGAGAAACAGCCCUGUAGCAGCUGCUGUCCCACAGCGUCUGGAGACAGCCCUUCAAGCCUUGCACAAGGAUCCUGUUCUAGAGCAGGCUAUGUCUCGCCUUCUGUUUGAAGCAUUCAUCGCCCUCAAGCGGGAUUACGAGGUGCCAAAGUUUGGAGCUGUAGAGGCUGAUGAGGAGGAGAUGAAAAAACUUGAAAACUUUUAUUAUCUCAGCAGGAUUUAAGUAGGGCAACAGUGUUAUGAAUGCCCUAUACAAGCCUCCAGCAAAUGAUAUAAAUAAAUAUCACAUUACCUUUUUUUA